GCUUCCUGCAGCAGGGUUUUUAGCUUUUACCAAAGUGUCUCUGCUUUUACUGUCUAUUUAGUCCCGUUCAUCUUUUUAUGUGGUGCCUGUUGUCUUCCAAAUAGCCUAUUCUUUGCUAGAUGGAGGUCCUGUCACUUGUAGAUUUCUUAUAUUAUGUCCACAGGAGUGUUAAUUUUGUAGCCCAGUGCGCCGAAAAUUGCCAUAAUAAGGACCUAAGAGAUUUGCCAGAAAACAUCAAGGAUAAAGUAGUGCGGCGUAUGAGCCUCCGUGGAACACUUACCGACUCCAAUAUCAGCCAGGUGUUACAUUCAGGAAUAAAAACACUUGACUUGCACAACUGCAGGCUUUCUGACACGGCAUUGCAAAAAAUCUCCUGCUGGCAUUUAAAUCGAAUAUGCCUCUCCAACUCUACAGACAUUACAUCAAAAGGCUUAGGAGCACUUGCAUCCUCCUGUCCAAAUCUGAAAUGGGUAGACCUGUCUGGCUGUGUGUCGGUGACAGACUCAGGUGUUCAGACCCUGGCAUGCUGCUGCACAGGACUGGAAGUUAUCUGUCUUGUGGGCUGCACAGCUCUGAGUGACAAAGCCAUUCAAGAGCUAGGAGCUAACUGCCGGAUGCUGCACACAGUUUCUAUCUCAGACACCUUGUUUACCGAUGCGGGUGUCAUCAGCCUUGCAACAGGAGUGUGCUCCAACAGUUUGAAGGAAAUCCACAUGUCAAGAUGUACCAAGCUGACAGACGAGGCGGUGAUUAUUGUUCUCACAAAUUGCACCAAGAUCAGAACAUUUGUGUUUCAUGGAUGUCCACUAAUUACAGAUCGGUCCAGAGAGGCUCUACAAACACACACUGGUAGGGACAAGAUAAAACAUGUGACCUGGACAAUUUAUUGAGGAGACAUUACUGCUCCAUGUGCUACAAUAUUGUUCAUCACUUCCCCUUUCUGACGUCGGAGUUCAACUUGUACAUGUAAAGAUGUGUAGUUUGUGCGCAUUCCACAGUGAGAAUACUAUGCAUAAUGGUGACUUGGGUUAUACUUUUAAAUAUACAUGGUCAUUUUUUCCAUUGUACACUGUUCUCAUUAGGAAGCUUUAUUGAAUGUUUAUAUGAAGCUUUUAUUUAUAUGAUUUGUAUUAAUUUAAACAUUUAAGGUGUAACAUAAAGGCUUGUAUAUCCUCUG